AUGACUCCUAUAAAGGAAACCGAGGCUUCUUGGCGCAGACUUCCAGCAGAUAUAUGGCUCAAGAUCUUGGGGCUCCUGCUUGAUGACGAUACCAGUUGCGCCGGAGCUGCUGCCGUGUCGCGACAGUGGCAGGCGGUCAUCGAGCCACGCACUUUCGCCAGAAUCAAAAUAACGCCCGCACGGCUUGCUGAUUUUAAUUCAAUGACUUACCGAAAUCGGCAUCUCGUGAGAUAUUUGUGGCUUUGCCUGGAACUUGAGGAGUACCCCCCUCUCUUUGGUAGACUCACGAAUGCCGAUAAUCAUCUAAUCGCUACGUCUUUUUGGACGCUCUUCGAAAAUUUAAGUUCUUGGGAUCCGCAUGGAAAAUUGACACUUGAUAUUAGUAUACAUUCGCCCUCUGACGCGAAUAGUGAAUUCGAUUAUCUGACUUUCGAAUCUGAUAUCCCUGUCUGCGAAAUAGACCACGACAAGUGGGCAGGAAAAGAAAUACAGCGUCGGCAUGUGAUGCGUGGUGGUGUCAUCCCUCAACAUUUUGGCGGCCUCAUGAGCAAGCUUCCAGGUUACGGACGUCUAGCAAAAGAGCAAGCCUUGAAACAAUUCAACUCUGCGCAGGGAUUUGGGAUGACAGAAUAUGAAGAUCACCUGAUGAGCAGCAUGAUCAGCAUUAAUGAAGCAAAUGCGCGGGACCCGGAUAAUCUGCUUGAGCCGGGUCUUGUCAUAUGGCAGAGAUUGCCAACCGAGAUUCACUAUGAAUCGUGGAGAGAAUGGACGAAGUACUCCCAAGACCAUCGGGACGGCCGAUACAAGGAUCUCGUCCAAUCCCUCCCAUCCACUCUGAAGAACUUGGUGCUGUUUGAGAAUUUCAAUCAACAUUAUGCAGCUAUUCUGCGCGACUGCCCGCCUGUUCGAGCCCCAAGUCUCAAUCUCAGCCAGGCGAUAGCCCAAGCCAGUCUCAACCUCGAGUGUCUGUCGGCGUCGUAUUUAGCUGAUGCUAGCUUCUUUUUUGAUGCUUGCGACCCUUCCAUGAUGUGGCCUAAUCUGAGGUCCAUGGCGCUUACUUCCCAGUUGCUGAGGCCCGAAACAAGUAAAAGGACAAUAAACGCGCUUCUCCAGAAAGCCGCAACGGCAGUUUUAGGGAUGCCGAAACUCGAGACCUUGGAGAUCUGGAACGGACGAAAGGGCGUGGCGGCUCUCUUGAGAUAUCAACCCUCGCGCGCCACUCUCACAUGGAAAGCUACAUGGGAGCUUGACAUAUCGAGUUCUGUAAUCCAAGCUUUUGAAAAGAUCGGACCAACUCACUGUGUUGGAAAGUGUGACGUUGUCAAGGAACUGCUGGAUGUUGGUCUUAUUGAUUCUCAUGGUGAUGCGAUCAAUGUUCUAAAGCACGUCUGCACGGUACUUCGGCCUAUUUCACUGCAGCAGAUCCUAACCGAGGAGAAAUUUCUCCAGUCUACAACCUGA